AUGGGUCCGUCUAGUAUAGCCUUAAUGGCCAUAGCAGGUGCUGCUAAUAGUCCGAGCGGUCUAGCGAGUAAAAGUAAAGGUUUUAAAAGUAGUCUCGAUAGCUUUGCAAGUUUUGCUUUUGCUUUUAAAACUUUUAAUUUGAAUAUAGCUCUUGUUAAAUUGAAUAGUCUUAUAGUAGCGAACCGUGGUCCGAUGACGCGGAGCGCUUCGAGUAUAUUACUUUUUCCCCUUGCGCUUGCGCUAGCCGCCCUUGUUGCUCUCGUCGCCCCCGCUGCUCCCGUCGCUCUCGUCGCACUUAUUGUCGUCGCUCCUUUUGCGCUAGUCGUUGCGCUUACCGCUUUCGCGGCGGCGCCCGCCGUUGCUAUAACUCUUACGAAGCGCCGAACUAAAAUAAAAAGAUUGUUAAAAGCUUUGGUCGAUCUUUUAUUAUAA